AACCUUCUCUAACAAGUGGCAGUCGUCGUUUCUCACGUUAUCCUCUCUCUCCCUCUGCCUCUCAUCUCCCAUGGCUUCUCUCUCUUCCUGCUCCCCCUCUCCGCUUUCCUCAUGGAAUUAUGCGCGGAGACUUCUCCGUUUCUUCUCUCUCGUUUCAGCUCCAGAAAUCGGCGAUCAUGAAUUUCAAGCGAGGUGCAUCUUCAGGGAUAUUGCUGGGAGCAGUAACACUUCCUGCUGUUAUGAUCUCUAAGCUGGUACAGCUCACAAGAGCUACAUCACUCCAUU